AUUUAUUUGACAGUUUUGGUUAUUUUUAACAUGAAGAUUUUACAUAAUGGAUAGUAUAACAAGUACAUUUGUUAAAAAUUCAAAGUGUUUUUCCAUCUUUUUGACUUCUGACGUCUUAUUAAAAGCAAAAUGUAGUCAAGGCGAUAUUUCAGAUGUCUAUGAAUUGUUAAUCUUUCCACCAAGCAGUGAUUUUUCACUCUAAACUUCUUACCUACUUCAUUUCAAUGGAAAUGAGUCAAUAUCUCCCCAAAAAAUCAAAGUCCAAACACAGACUUGUGGUUCAGAAGAUUUAACAUAAUAGAUAAUAUACGAAGCACGUUGUUAAAGAUUAAACCAGUGUUUUCCAACCUUUUUGACCUUCGGCCUUUUACAAAAACCAAAACAUAGCCAAAGUAACAUUUCUAUUGUCUGUGAGUUAUUAACAGCUUCACCAAACAGCGAUGUUUUUUUUUCCUCUAAACUUCUCAUUUGGUUUCAAUUCAACAAAAAUGACUCAAAAACUCAUCAAAACCAAAGGUUUAGGAAAAAGUCCAAACAUUCAAAAUAGAUUUGGGGGAUCAGAAUGUUGUGUCUUCUCUCUCAUUAGAUUUAUCUGUUGUCCUUCUAUAUAAAACUCUAUAUAAAGUAGUUCAAACUGGCUCCACAUGCAGCAGCUACAGGAACAUGCUGUUCACACACCAAUGCCUCAGAAAUAUAAUGAUUUCAUAUAGAAUAAUAUAUCAGUCGGAGGGAAUUAAUUGCAUUUUGCUGCCAAUACUUGUGUACUUUUACUUAAAUGAGUAAAUGAUCCUAAUACUUAUUGAUGCAUUGUGACUAAAUGCUGAAACAAUCUCUAUUUAUGUUUAGCAGCUAAAGCAGAAUGAAACAGGACUCGUAUUAAGUGCACAGCUCCCUCUUGUGGAAACUUUCUCGUAAAUUUGUGAGAGUUCAACUAGUUCAACCCUGGACACAACACUUAGUCAGCAGUCUCCCACUUGUGGAAGUCAAUUACUCAAUUAUACUUUGGUUUUUCCCACUUUAAUAUUACAAAAAUGUACAAACUUUGUUAUAUUGUAAGAUUUCAUAAUGCAAGUCUCAUGUAAAUGAAGGACAGAAUUAAAAUCGCCAUAAUUCUGAGUGGAAAAAUAUAUUUUCAAUUGGUAGAAAUAAGCUUUCUUGAGGACAUCAGUGAAAAAAUCUGAAUAUUUUUCGAGGAUAUUCUCGCUGGUGGGAGCAGCUUGAGCGUCCUCACUACUUCACACGUGAUAUCUUGGAUAAUAUUCCUCGGAUUAUGACAGGCUCCAGCCCACUGCCCGCUGCUGAAUGUGAAGCUCGAUGCAAAUCAAAACACGUGUGGAGCCACGCUGAGGGGACAAUUACGCACCGGUGCGCACUGCGCGUCGCGAGGCUCCAAGUGGACGUCUCCAAACUUCCACAGCUCAGUAAACAGAACUUUAACAAAACUGGAAGCUACUCGUCGACACUACAAUGUGUUGUUUAAACUGGGCGGAAUCAAUCUGUUGUUGAUCUGAAGUGAAUGGACCUGUGGCUUGGGUGGUAGAAGGAAGAAAACCUUUUGUGCGCGCUUGUCUGGAUAAAUAUACAUGUGUCAUGUCUGCGGAAAAGACUUCAGCAGAGCCAGAAGUUUACCCUGAAAGUGAAGAAUGUCCCGGAGAAGAUUCAUUUGGCUUUGGAGAUGAUCUGGAGCUGAAUCGGUUCGAUGGAUUGCCCUUUUCCUCACGGUACUACAAAUUACUGAAAGAGAGGAAAACUCUGCCUGUGUGGAAGGUCCGGUGCCAGUUUGAGGAUGUUUUGGCCGAAAAUCAACUGGUUAUUGUGUCUGGGACAGCCAAGACUGGUAGAAGUACACAGAUCCCUCAGUGGUGUGCAGAGUUCUGUCUGUCGGCCCAGUACCAGCAUGGGAUGGUGGUGUGCACGCAGACCAACAAGCAGCAGGCUGUGGAUCUGGCCUUACGUGUGGCUGACGAAAUGGAUGUCAACAUAGGUCAUGAAGUGGGCUACACCAUCCCUCUGGAGACCUGCUGCUCCUCUGACACCGUUUUGAGGUACUGCACUGAUGAUAUGUUGUUGAGAGAGAUGAUGUCAGACCCUUUCCUGGAGCACUACGGGGUCAUUGUUAUCGACCAGGCCCACGAGAGGACAGUUGGCACCGAUAUACUGCUGGGUCUCCUCAAGGACAUCUUGCUGCAGAGGCCUGAGCUCAGAGUGGUGGUGCUCACCGUCCCACCCAUGACUGACAAGCUGCUGAAACACUACAGCAGCAUCCCGCUCAUCAGUCUGGAGGCCUCGGGUCCUGCUGAGGUGGUCCACAGCAACAGCAGCAACAAGGACUACUUCUACUCAGCGCUGAGGCUGGUGCUGGAGAUCCAUCGAACCAAAGAGGGCGGAGAUGUCGUCGUGUUUUUUGCUUCAGCUGAGGAGGUCCACUGUGCCUCCAGCAUUCUCCAGAGAGAAGGCACCAGGCUGGGAGGGGAGCUGGACCAACUGGUGCCCAUAGUCCUGUGUCCGGGCCCGGGAGGGCUAUUGCCGGUCCUGACCGAGCAAUCGGGCUCCAUAAAGUCCAGGAAGGUUUUUCUCUCCACCCAGCAUGGGGAGGAUGUGUGGUGGGACACGGAGUCGGUCAACUUUGUUAUUGACACAGGAGUCCAGAAAAAAAUGGUGUACAAUCCAAGAGUAAGAGCUUACUCAGAGGUACUUCAAUCCAUUAGUCAGUGUCAAGCAGACAUACGCAAGCAGCUGUCUGGACCAACAGGUAAAUGUUUCUGCCUGUAUCCGGCAGCGACCCCAGCAGAAAGCUCCCCACAGAUCCUGGAAUCCAACAUCACCCCGACAGUUCUUUUCCUAAAGCGGAUGGAGAUAGCCGGGCUGGGACAGUGCAAUUUCAUCGACAGACCAGAUCCUGAGGGUCUCAUGCAGGCGCUGGAGGAGCUGGAUUACCUCGCAGCUUUAGAUGACGACGGCAACUUGUCUGAAAUCGGCAUCAUAAUGUCUGAAAUCCCUCUGGACCCUCAGAUGGCCAAAGCUCUGCUAGCAUCCUGCGAGUUUGACUGCGUGAGCGAGAUGCUGACGAUAGCGGCCAUGUUGUCAGCGCCAAGCUCCUUCCUGGAGCCAUCUGCUGGCAUGAGCCCCGAGGCAAUCCAGUGUCACAGGAAGUUCCAGCACCCUGAAGGCGACCACUUCACCCUCAUCAACAUCUACAACGCCUUCAAACAGAGCCAGAGAGAACAACACUUGACUGUUGAAAAGUGGUGCCAGGACUAUUUUCUGGAUUAUUCCGCCCUGAAGACAGCCGACGCCAUUAGAUCAGAGUUGACCGACACUCUGAACAGAAUCGAGCUUCCCAUUUCCGAACCCUCCUUCGGAACCAAGACCAACACUCACAACAUCAAGAGAGCGCUGCUGGCUGGAUUCUUCAUGCAGAUUGCUCGUGAUGUGGACGGCUCCGGAAACUAUUUCAUUCUGACACACAAGCACAUGGCCCAGGUUCACCCGCUCUCCAGCUAUGGGGCUCAGUCACACAAACUGGGACUUCCAGAGUGGGUUGUUUUCAACGAGUACACUCUGUCAGAAAACAACUGCAUGAGAACGGUGUCUGAAAUUUCCCCUCAAGUGUUCAUUCAAAUGGCACCACUGUACUUCUUCUACAACCUGCCCCCUAGUGAAAGCAAAGACAUACUGCAAGACAUGUUGGACCCCGAGGCAUCCAAUAAGGAGAAGAAACUUCGAGCUGCUGCCGAUGACAGCGGCUGCACAGCAGUGACGCAAAGUUAUGACAGAUGUGUGAUUCAGUGAAGUGAAAUCACAAAUCUAGCUUGCAUCCAAACACAACAAUGCUUGUAAGAUCUUUUGUAGUCAGCGCGAGCCAGAGACUGAAAUAUUUAUUACACAGCUUAAAAGCUGUUUUUCAAGGUUGUAUGUGCAUGACUUAAUCAUGUGAAGAGUCCAGUGAGUCGACAUGAUGUAAAAAGUAGUAAAUAUAUCACCUUUUUUUCAGUUGUGGACAACAGAUGUAGCCUUGUUUUCUUUUAGUGCUAGAAGAUACAUU